AUGGAUAUAAAAAUGGCUAACAAUUUUACGACAGCCUCCACAACUCCUUGGGGAAGUGACUGCGAUCUCUAUGCACACCACAACACAGCGAGGAUACUGAUGCCUCUCCAUUACAGCCUUGUCUUCAUCAUUGGACUUGUGGGAAACUUGUUGGCCUUCGUCGUCAUUGUUCAAAACAGGAAAAAAAUCAACUCCACCACCCUCUAUUCAACAAAUUUGGUGAUUUCUGAUAUACUUUUUACCACCACUCUGCCUACGCGGAUAGCCUACUAUGCAAUGGGCUUUGACUGGAGAAUUGGUGAUGCCUUGUGCAGGAUUUCUGCUCUAGUGUUUUACAUCAACACAUAUGCAGGUGUGAACUUUAUGACUUGCCUGAGCAUUGACCGCUUCUUUGCUGUGGUGCACCCUCUACGAUACAACAAGAUAAAAAGAAUUGAAUAUGCAAAAGGCAUUUGCAUAUUUGUCUGGGUUCUAGUAUUUGUUCAAACACUCCCACUCCUCAUCAAACCUAUGUCAAAGCAGGAGGCAGAGAGGACUACAUGCAUGGAAUAUCCAAACUUUGAAGAAACAAAAGCUCUUCCCUGGAUUCUGCUUGGUGCAUGUUUCAUAGGAUAUGUGCUUCCGCUCCUAAUCAUUCUCAUCUGCUAUUCUAGAAUCUGCUGCAAACUUUUUAAAACUGCCAAACAAAACCCACUAACUGAGAAAUCCGGUGUAAACAAAAAGGCUCUCAACACAAUUAUCUUUAUCAUUGUUGUGUUUGUUCUCUGUUUCACACCUUAUCAUGUUGCAAUUAUUCAACACAUGAUUAAGAAGCUCCUUUUUUACGAUCUCCUGGAAUGUAGCCAAAAACAUUCCUUCCAGAUUUCUCUGCACUUUACAGUAUGCCUGAUGAACUUCAAUUGCUGCAUGGACCCUUUUAUAUAUUUCUUUGCAUGUAAAGGGUACAAGAGAAAGAUUAUGAAGAUUCUGAAACGUCAAGUCAGUGUAUCAAUUUCCAGUGUUGUAAAGUCAGCCCCUGAAGAAAAUUCACGUGAAAUGACAGAAACGCAGAUGAUGAUACAUGCCAAGUCUUUAAACGGAAAGUAA